UGCUUGUGCUCCACUUCCUCUUCUUCUUCCACCUCCCUAGAGAGAGAGAGAGAGAGAGAGAGAGAGAGAGAGAGGGAGAGUGCUACGAAGGGGAGAGAGAGAGGGAGAGAGGAGGACCUGUGGUUAAUUGUGGGUCUUAAUGAACUCUAUAUGGAACUAUGUUGCAGUAUACGUUUCUCAAGUGGGACUGUAUUAAAUAUCACAUGCUUUCCGCACAUGCCAGCAGUAAGGAUGAAGUGCAGAUUACUCGCAGAAUGUUGUAUUGGAAAUGAACUCCAUGAAUGCCCUAAAUCCAAUGAAAAGCAAAAAGUUUCAAACUGUCCAACUGAUACGUAUCAACAAAAUCCACAGCUGAACUCUUUGACUCAAGAAAUAUUUCAUAAUGUUUGUUCAGAACACAACAUGGGAAUCUCUGAAUCCAACAACUUCCAAGAUAUUUUUAACGAAGAAUCUGCUAAAAGGCUGAGGGUGUCACAGUUAUCAUCUGAUCCUAUAUCCUUUGCAGCAAUGGAUCCAGCAUUACCUGAUCUUACUCAAUGUGGUCCCGAGUCAAAACCAAUAACAACUUACAUCAAUGCAGAUGCCAAGGAAAUUUUGAAGUUGUCUCAACUGACGGCCGACGAUGGAGAUGAUGGAAAUUGUGAUUUAACUGAUCUCCAACAUUGUGAUCUGAUGGACUAUUGCAUGUCCGAUAACAUUUCCGCUUUACCCUUUGACAGUUUGAUGGAAUUCUCAAAUGAAAUCAAUUAUUUUUGUGAUAAAUGUGAAAAUUUAGACAUAAUGAUCGACCCGAGCAUACCCCUUUUCUUUGGGGGAGCAUUUGAAGUAAGCUGGCAUUCUGGAGAUUUGGGCGGGAUUGGAUGCUUUAAUCCGCAUUUAAUGUUGGAUGAAUUGCCUGAUUUGUUGGAGACAAAUUCACCAAUUUCUCCUAUUGAGCUGCCAAAAUCGCAAGAAAGAAAGAAGCCUAUCACACUUGUACUCGAUUUAGAUGAAACUCUGGUUCAUUCUACUCUGAAGCAUUGCGACGGUGCAGACUUCACAUUUCCAGUUUUCUCAGACAUGAAGCCAACUCCAGUGUAUGUAAAAAAGAGGCCUUACUUGCUAAUGUUCCUUGAGAGGGUGGCUGAGAUGUUUGAGAUUGUUAUUUUUACCGCGAGCCAAAGAACCUAUGCAGAAAAUGUACUCAGCAGAUUGGACCCAGCUGGAAAAUUAGUUUCUCGGUGCUUUUCUCGUGAAUCAUGCAUAUUUACUGACGGUUGCUGUACAAAAGACCUAUCGAUUUUGGGGGUCGACCUCGCAAAAGUUGCCAUAAUUGAUAAUUCCCCACAGGUUUUUCAUUUGCAAGUGAAUAAUGGCAUUCCUAUAAAGAGUUGGUACGACGACCCGUCCGACACCGAAUUGCUUCAACUACUUCCCUUCCUGGAGACCCUCGUUAAUGCCGAGGACGUUCGACCCAUUAUUGCGGGGAAAUUCGGCAAUAAAAAGUAACACAAUUGUUUUAACUGUCAUUAGCUGCAAGUUUUUUUUUUUUUCCUUGACAUUUUUCCCUGUCCAAUUUCACCUUUUUCGAAUAAAUCCACUAGUUUUAGAAAUAAUUUAAUAUUGUGCAGCUUUUGAUUUUAUAGCAAUUAGCACCUUUGUUUGUAUAUUCUCCCCUCUCUACUUUUCCUUCAUUGUGCAGAAACUAAAUUAUUAGAAUAAAAUUUUGUGUGCU